AGUCUAUCUACAAGAAAGUCUUGUUUUGCCUAAUGACCUCAGCCUUAUAUUAAGCCACAACACGACACACAAACUCCACCUAAAUUAUAUAUGUUACUUUUGUUCUUCAAACAUCUUUCAAAACCAGCUCAAGUUUGACAUGGGUACUUGCUGGGGAUCUUUUCGCAAAAAGGCUGAUCCUACUGCUCCUAGUACCACCUCCAUCCAAAAUCCCCCAAGCUCAGGGGUAUCAAACAAUUUCAGCCACACUACAGAGAUAUCAGCCGGUAGUAGUACUUUAGACAGAAGUCAAUUUUCUGAGGCUGUUAAUGAAAGUGGAGAGGAAGCAACUGCAGAUGGACAAAUUUUGGAUACACCAAACUUGAAAAUGUUCAGUUUUGCAGAUUUGAAGCUUGCAACUAAGAACUUCAAGUCUGAUACUUUGUUAGGGGAAGGUGGUUUUGGGAAAGUUUAUAGAGGUUGGAUUGAUGAGAAGACAUUUGCUCCUUCUAAAAGUGGUAAUGGAAUGGUGGUUGCGAUCAAGAAAUUGAGCCCAGAAAGUAUGCAAGGGUUUCAAGAAUGGCAGUCAGAGGUUAACUUUCUAGGAAGAAUUUCUCAUCCCAACCUUGUCAAGCUAUUGGGAUACUGUUGGGAGGAUAAAGAGCUGCUCCUUGUGUAUGAAUUUAUGCAGAAGGGAAGCUUAGAAAAUCAUCUUUUCAGAAGAAAUCCUUCCAUUGAACCACUAUCUUGGGACAUUCGGAUAAAAAUUGCCAUUGGAGCAGCUCGAGGACUUGCUUUUCUACAUACUUCAGAGGAGAAAGUCAUUUAUCGAGAUUUCAAGGCUUCCAACAUACUGCUUGAUGGGUACUUCAAUGCGAAAAUAGCGGAUUUUGGCUUGGCAAAAUUGGGGCCUGCUGUUGGAGAGUCCCAUAUCACAACCAGGAUUAUGGGCACAUAUGGUUAUGCUGCCCCGGAAUAUAUUGCAACAGGUCAUUUGUAUGUGAAGAGUGAUGUAUAUGGCUUUGGGGUGGUGCUGCUUGAAAUGUUGACAGGUUUAAGGGCAUUUGAUACAAAGCGCCCCAACGGACAACAAAAUUUGGUUGAUUGGAUGAAGCCAAUGCUCUCUCAGAAAAAGAAGCUGAAAAACAUAAUGGAUGCACGGAUAGAGGGGCAAUAUUCAACCAAGGCAGUGCAUAAGACAGCACAGCUUGCUCUAAAAUGUCUAGAGGCAGAUCCUAAACGCCGCCCCUCCAUGAAAGAAGUUGUGGAGAUUUUGGAGCAGGUUGAAGCAAUUAAAGAAAUUCCUAGGAACUCAGUGUUUAGCUCUUCGCGCCCUACUCCCCGGCGCAAUGCUGAACCUGUUUCUCAUCAUCGUUCUCCACUUCACUCGAAGCACCGUGUCAAAACAUGAGCUGGAAUUUGAAUCACACCUGAAGAUCAACAAUACAGAAUUCAAACUUCUACAUUGACACAAAAGCAUGUGUGCCUUAAAAGAAGUUGAUACUUUAUCAACCUUCAAUUUUUUCCGUUGUUUAUUUGGAUUACACUAAAUUUACAUGGCAGAAAUGUAUGAGUAGAAAAAAAUUGUUGUCUGAUAUAAAUGUGAAUGUUUUGGAGAUAA